AUUGUAGUUCGAUAUGUCAUCGUUUUGGAGCAGUGAGUCCAGCCGAACGUUCGUCGUGGCUGAAAUUGGACAAAACCACCAGGGAUCGUUAAGCACCGCAAAGCAGAUGAUAAAAGCUGCAAAGGAAUGUGGAGCCGAUUGUGUAAAGUUCCAGCGAUCAAAUUUGGCGGAAAAGUUCACGGUCUCCGCCUUGGCACGCCCUUACACCGGACCAAACUCGUGGGGUCGUACGUACGGAGAGCACAAAGCAUGGCUUGAAUUUUCCAGCGGCGAGUACCGGGAGUUGCAGCGCUUUGCCACUGACCACAACAUUGUGUUUACCGCAUCAGCAAUGGAUGCCGCAUCCUUUCGAGAGUUGGAGGAGCAGCUACGAGUCCCGUUCAUCAAAAUAGGGUCUGGGGAUGCUGAUAACGUGCCUCUGCUGCGGUAUGCCGCAAAUCGCACCAUUCCACUGAUCAUAUCCACGGGCAUGCUAGAUUGGGAUCAAGUUUGCAGCAUUUACACCCAUUUCCGUCAUCGUAAAGACGUUGCCCUGCUUCAUUGUGUUUCCUCCUAUCCGACCCCGCCAGGGGACAUAAUGUUGCGUAUGAUUCCGUUACUUCGAGCCCACUUUCCUGAACUGACGAUAGGUUAUUCGGGACAUGAGCUUGGUAUACAGCACUCCGUAGCGAGUGUGGCUUUAGGUGCGAAAAUAGUCGAACGACACUUUACGCUAGACAAGGCGUGGAAAGGGACCGAUCAUCAGGCGUCAUUGAAUCCGGCCGAAUUUGGUCGCAUGGUACGGUGUAUUAGAGCGAUAGAAAACGAUGUUCCGAUUGAUGCAAGCGCAUUGAUUGAUCGAUUGCGAGAAGUGCUGCAAGGGGAGGAUCUGGAUGAACCGGAGUUACUGGCCGCUUUAAAGGAGAUUGAUCCACAUCACCGACAGCUGCUAGAAUGUGAACGACCGUGUUACAAUAAGCUGGGGAAAUCGUUGGUGUAUGCUAGUGAUUUGAACUGUGGAACGGUUCUGACCGAGUCCAAUGUUCAGGUGAAGGUCAGCGAACCAAAAGGCCUCUCUCCGCGAUUGUACGAUUCCGUUGUGGGAACAACAGUAAAAUGCGCUGUCUUCAAGGACGAUCCCAUUCUAAUGCAACAUUUUUAAACA